AUGGGAAUUAAAAAUUUAUCUAAGUUUUUAAAUACAAAUGCGUCUAAUUCAGUCAAAAACGUGCCCAUCAAGCAAUUCAAUUGCCAGAAAAUAGGAAUAGAUAUUGCUACAUUUCUCUAUGCUUUGCUUGUGUCAGUUAGACUAAACGAAACAAAUGCGAAUCUAACAGACAACGAAGGAAACGUGACCAGUCAUAUUUCAGGAAUUCUUUCUAAAACUGUUAAGUUAUACGAGUUAGGGUUGAAACCAAUCUACGUGUUUGACGGCACACCGCCCGAACUUAAAAACGACGAGUUGAAAAAUCGCUCUGAACUUAAAAACAAAGCGCAUAUCGAGUUACAACAAGCUAUAGCAGAUGAGGAUAAACAGAAAAUUGAAAAGUUUGUAAAACGCACGGUUCAAGUGCAAAAAAGCCAUAUUGAAGAUAUAAAAACUCUAUUGAAUUUAAUGGGAGUCCCUUAUAUUCAAGCGAAAACUGAAGCUGAAGCUGAAUGUGCAAAUUUAUGCAAAAAAAAAAAGGUCGAUGUUGUUUUUUCCGAAGAUUCUGACACACUUUGCUACAGCGUUCCAAAAUUAGUUCGCUCAAUAAAUUUUUCCAUACCGAAUCCAAUAGGUGUUGAAUACAGAAUUGACAAAAUAUUAGAUGAACUGGAUUUGACCAUGAAACAAUUCAUUGAGUUUUGUAUGUUAUGUGGAUGUGAUUAUAUUGCUAACCCUCCAAAUGUUGGACCGGCAACAGCUUACAAACUUAUACUGAUUCACGGAUCUAUUGAACAAAUUGCCAAGGAAAAGCCAGAACUCCAUUUAGAUUUAGAUUUAUAUGCAAAGAUAUACAAACAGUUCACAGACCCUGAAGUUUACUCAGAAGAAGAACUUUUCAACAUGAAUUUCAAAGAUGAAGUUCUAAAUGAAGACGGCUUAAUCGAUUAUUUAGUGAAUAAAAAAUCUUUUUCGGAGCAACGUGUCAAAAGUUUAAUUGACCGAUUUAAAAAUGCUAAAAAAAAUUCUACUCAAGUUCGGUUGGACUUUUUUUUUAAACCUAUAGCUGAAAACGUCUCGAAGCCAACAUCUUCUACAAAUAAAAAAAGUGCCCAACUCAAUGAUAAGUCAGCUGCUGUUGUGAAAAAUGUUAAAAAGAAGACAAUAAAAAAGAAAUAA